UGUGUGUGUGCCAGGGGUGGGGCUGGCAGCGUCUCUCCCGGUAUUAAGCCGGGGCGGUGCGAUGCCCCGCCCCCCUGCCGCCUCCCUCGCCGAGCCAGCCAGCAUGAGCCUCCUCCACUACCACCAGCGCCCGGGGAGCCUGAGGGGCUUCAGCAGCCGCUCCCAGGGCUCUCUCCCCGCCCGAAGCGCUUUGUACCGGGCCAGCCCGGGAGGCUUCCAACCGGGGCCACUCCGGGUCUCCUCCGGGGGGGUCUUCCCCGGCUCCCCGCUUUCCGCGUCGCCCUCUUUCCUUCUCUCCUCGCUGCCCAGCCUAGAGAUCGACCCUAAAGUGCACCAGAUCCGGACCGAGGAGAAGGAGCAGAUCAAAGGGCUCAACAACCAGUUCGCUUCCUUCAUCGACAAGCUGGGGCGAUGCGAUGCGCCGCGCACCGGUCGCCUCCCUCGCCGAGCCACCAUGAGCAUCCAUUACCACCGCCCGGGGAGCCUGGUGAGCUUCAGCAGCCGCUCCCAGGGCUCUCUUCCCACCCGAAGCUCUUUGUACCGGGCCAGUCCGGGAGGCUUCCAGCCGGGUCCGCUCCGGGUCUCCUCCGGGGUCUUUCCUGGCUCCCCCCUUUCCGCUUCGCCCUCUUUCCUUCUCUCCUCGCUGCCCAGCCUAGAGAUCGACCCUAAAGUGCACCAGAUCCGGACCGAGGAGAAGGAACAGAUCAAAGGGCUCAACAACCAGUUCGCUUCCUUCAUCGACAAGUCAGCAUCUCUGCUCUUGACCUAUAGGUAUGAAGAUGAGAUCAACCGGCGGAAUCAACUGGAGAAUGAAUUUGUAGUGACCAAGAAGGACCUGGAUGAUAUCUACUUGCAGAAAGUGGAUGUUGAGUCCAAACUUGAGAGCAUCUCCAAUGAAAUCAAGUACCUGAAGCAGCUGUGUGAUGAGGAAAUCCGGGAAUUACAGUCUCAGAUACAAAACACGAUGGUAACUGUGGAGAUGGACAACAACCGGCAGUUGGAGAUGAAGCAUGUUAUUGAUGAAGUGAAGGCACAAUACCAGGUCAUGGCGGCUAAAAGCCGGGAUGAGGCUGAACAGUGGUACAAGAACAAGAUUGAUGAAAUGUCUCGUCAGUCUCAGAAGCACUAUGAUGAGCUGAAAAGUGUCAAGGAGGAGAUUGCUGAACUAACUCGCUAUGCCCAACGUGUUAAUGGGGAGAUUGAAGCCUUGAAGAACCAGCGAGCUGUUCUGGAGAAUGCUGUGACACUGGCUGAAGAGAAAGGGGAGCAAGCUCUGCAAAGUGCCAAGGGCACCAUCCAAGACCUGGAGGAGGCACUGAGGCGUGCCAAGCAAGACAUGGCCUGCAAAGUGAGAGAAUACCAAGAGCUGAUGAACAUCAAGCUUGCUCUUGAUAUUGAAAUUGCUACCUACAGAAAAUUGCUGGAAGGCGAGGAGAACCGGAUGGUUAGCCAGGCUCCAAGUCUUCAGCUUAGUGCUAUUGACAAGCUAGCUGGGCUCCUGACACAACCUUCCUACAGCAAGGUCGCUGGGAAUAUCAACAACAGUUCACUGAAGAGACCCUUGCUGAUCAAGACUAUUGAGACCAAGAAUGGGAAGAUUCUUUCAGAGGCCAGUCACUUCUCGGAGAAGUAGGAGAGCCAGCAAGAGGGCAGCUGA